AUGGCCCGUGUAGAAGAACCUGUGGACUUUUUUGGAGAUGAAUAUAAUGGACAAUCAGGAGCAGCCACUCCCACUCAUGAAGACAAUAUGUACUCAUUUUUGGGAGAGAUUUUUAGAACUUGCCACAAUGCUAUGGCAGAAGCAAUGAGGAGGACACCCGAACACCAAAAACAGAUUGGGCGAGAAACGAACUGGGUGCCACAGUUGUUAAGAUGUGUAAACUCAGAACAUCACCUGCUGACUACAUAUGUCAUACGAUUGUUCACUGGUGGAUUGAAAGGAGAAAUUGCAAGGUUAAUGCCACUGGUAGAGCCCACCACACUAGACGAUGCGAUCGCAAAGAGAAGAAAAAUACUAGAAACCAGAGUUACUGACCCACCGGAUACUUCAAUUGUGGAAGACAAGGACACAGAGCCCGUGAAUACCCCGAGCCAAGGAGACUGCCACCACAAGUUGCCAACUCUCCCAUACACUGUUAAUUGUCCGAAAAAGGGUAAAUUGAGUAAGGAACCUACUGGAAGAACUGUGAACCAGCCAUGA